UUACCUUGAGAUCAUCCAGAAAGGCCUCUUCAUCGGCGAGAGCGGGCAGCGGAAACGAUAUCCUCGCAGUGCUCGCAUCGACGGGUUCUUUCAAGGGUGCGGCAAGUCCAUUACUGCGGGGCCCGAGAUGACUAGCAGCAGUAUCCGGUUAGCAACGACUCUUGCGUUUGUACUGACGCUGGUGGUCGCAGUAUCCGCCAGGAGCGCCCGCGAGCCAGAAAAGCUGAACACCGACGUCGUCACACAUGCCUCUGACAACUUUCCGAUAAAUCCAGUAGUGCCAAUUGUCGGCCUCGCCAAGGGCAUCAUCGCCGCAAUCGUCAUUAGCAUCAUCGUGGCCAUCGUCCUCAUCGUCUUGUGCUGCAUCUGCUGUUGUAGGGCUUGCGCGAACAAUAAGGAGACGCACACAGUGGUGUACACGGGCAACCCGAACCAGCAGCAGUUCCCGCAGCAAUUCCCGCCGCCGAUGCAGCAACAGUGGCCGCCAGGGGCGCAGCCCAAUGCGCCUCAGGCCUACUCCGCGCCUCAGGCCUACGCCGCUCACCAGGCCUACACAGCGCCUCCGCCAGCGUACCCGCCCGGUCCUGCCUACGAGCCACCGAAGAAGUACUAGACGUGGAACGAAGUGCAAGGCGGGACACCGCACAAAGGCACGCGUGGAAUGACUUUUGUGCAUACAAUUUCG